UGUGCUGUCUUCUGCAAGUACGCUGUAGCUGACACAGUGAAGAGCAUCAACCAAUCAUGAAGGUCCUUCUCCUGUUACUCGUCGUCAUUGGAUUGGCAGCAGCUGAUGCCUGGCCUGGGUGGGGACGUAGAAGUGCUGAUCCCGUGGCAGCACCUGCCUUUGCUUGGUUGGGACGUAGAAGUGCUGAUCCUGAGGCAGCAGCUCAAUUCCAGUUUCUGUCGGGACGUAGAAGUGCUGAUCCCGAGAAUUCAAAGUUCAAGGCACGUGAAGCAUCUCCUGGCUAUUUGCUGGAAGAAUUUCUUAAACGUAGAAGUGCUGAUCCCGAGAAUUCAAAGUUCAAGGCACGUGAAGCAUCUCCUGGCUAUUUGCUGGAAGAAUUUCUUAAACGUAGGUGCUGAUCCCGAGAAUUCAAAGUUCAAGGCACGUGAAGCAUCUCCUGGCUAUUUGCUGGAAGAAUUUCUUAAACGUAGAAGUGCUGAUCCCGUGGCAGCAGCUUAUUACGUGCCUGCGAGGGCUCGUAGAAGUGCUGAUCCCGCUAAGAACAUCAUUUUACACAUCCAUCGUCGAUGAAUACUACUAAUAUGCUGGACAGCUUUUAAUGAAACAACAUCAGUCGGCUGACUCCACCUUUAUAGGGUCUAGGACACUCAUUGGGUAAUACAGGGUGUCUACCACCAAUUGUCAGGGAAUUUUGAUGUUACUGGCAAAGUCAGGGGAUUGUCAGGGAAUUUGGCUAAAAAGAAGCUCAAGUCAGGGAAAACAGCGGAUUAGUGCCGGGAUGAUGCCGGUGGUUGAGCGGCAAUGCCGCAGCAACGUUAUCCCGACUAGCUUUUCGCCAGCACGACAAGCUCUGAGGCAGAAAGGCAGGAAAGCCUCAAUAAAUGGUCUGUUUUUGUGAUGGAUCUGUAUCAAAACGUAGGAGCAGGCACACCAAGUUUCCUUUUGUUUUUCUCAGGGAAUUUGCUUGAAAUAGUCAGGGAAAACCUGGAAAAGUCAUGGAAUUUGAAGGCUGCAGUUUGGUAUACACCCUGUAAUAAUAAUAAUA